AUGAAAAUAAACACACUACCGCAACAAAAUAAUGAUAAAAAAACUUUUACUGAGCGUUCCACGAUAAAUACCCUUAAAGAGAAUACGAGUCCCUCAACAGCUUCUUCACUUUUAUCGACUUUCCAAAACUCUGGAACAAUAUCACCUGUUAAAAAACAAUCUUUAAUUGAACGGAUCAUUAACACGAUAAAGAUUCAAGAUAGUCAGCAUUUGCUUAAUUCUGCUUCACAAGUUUUGAAUGAAUUUACAGGGUAUUCCGCAGUCGAAAGAUUGAAAGAAAAGGUGAUUCAACAGGAACAAGAAUUUGUCACUACACGUCAACGCCUCGCGUCCGCCAAAUUAGCAUAUGAGGAAGCAGUUACAAAGCGAUCCACUACGCAACGCGAAAUCAAUGACCUACUUCAGCGAAAGCAUCAAUGGUCUAAUGAUGAUGUUGUAAGGUUCACGGAACUUUAUCGAAAUGAGCAUUUAAAUGAACAAGCGGAAAAUUUUGCCAAAGUGGAAUUUCGUAAGUGGGAGAAACAAGUUGAAAAGGAGUACUCCGAUCUAACUAGAUCUAUUAUGAUGCGUUAUCAUGAGGAGCAAGUCUGGAGCGAUAAAAUCCGUAGCGCAUCAACAUACGGCACAAUUGCUCUUAUGACACUAAAUGUUAUUUUGUUUAUUUGUGUACAAUCCAUUUUCGAGCCUCAUAAAAGACAAAAAUUAGCUGAUAAAUUUGAAGAGUUACUUAUCAAGAAAUCCGAUGAAGAUGAGAAAAAAUUUGAGAUUAAAAUUUUUCGUCCAUUAUAUCAAAGGUUUGAACAGUUGGACAAAAUGCUAAAUGUUGGAAAACAGAAUGUUUCUGAAGUUGAAAUUGAGACGAAGGAAAAUGACAUUAUACCUCCUUCAUCAGAAAGCACGUUGCAAGAAGUUGAACCCUCCAGAAAGGAAAUUAUACUCACUCGUAGCGAAUUGGACAAGAUCGUAAUUUUAUCUACGCUGAUAGGAGCUGGAGUGGGAUGGCUAUUAUGUUUUAUAUUUUCAGAACGUUUCAAUAGAUGA